AUGCCUGGAUUGAAGCGUCGUCGUCGCCAUGAUGCUCCCACAUCAGAGGAGGAGGAGGAGGGGGAAUCAUCUACAGAGGAGGAGCCCACUUCGUCGCGCAAUCUUGUAUUUUUCAUAUCUAUCUUGGUUGCAAAGCGUCCCCGUUUCAACUAUGAGAGUGACGGUGGUGGCGAUGAUGAUGAUCUGGAGCUUUCAAGCUCUCCCCGUGUCCCUGAUUAUGACUUCGACCUUGAGGAACUUUCGACUCAGAGGGCCGAGAUGGAAAUCCGUGAGGAAAUGGCGAUAGAGAAGCCUAAUGUCCCCGCUGAAAACGGUAUCAUCCAGAGUGUUACAUGUCAGAACUUCAUGUGCCAUCGUUGGCUCGAAAUAAAAUUCGGCCCUUUUGUCAACUUCGUGAUCGGUCAUAAUGGAAGUGGUAAGAGCGCAAUUCUUACUGCGAUAACUUUAUGUCUUGGAGGAAAGGCAGCCGCAACAAACCGCGGCACUUCCAUGAAGAGCUUGAUAAAAGAAGGAGAGGACACUUCUCGAAUUACUGUCAAGUUGAAGAACCAAGGCGAUGGGUUCAAAACAGAGCAAUACGGUGAUGCCAUCCUUAUAGAGAGAAACUUUACAAGAGAUGGUAGCAGCGGUUAUAAACUUAAGAGCAACGAUGGCAAGGCGAUAUCCUCGAAAAAAGAGGAGCUUGAGGAAAUAUGUGACUACUUUGGACUUCAAGUCGACAAUCCCAUGACCAUCCUGACGCAAGAUUCCGCUCGGCAGUUCUUAUCAAGCUCAACUAAUGCCGAGAAGUACAAAUUUUUCGCAAAGGGUGUCAAUCUGGAACAACUCGAUCAGGAUUAUGCUCUCAUCAAGAACGGAAUAGAUAGCACGGAUGCCGUUUUACACAACAAGCUUGCGGAUAUAGAUGGUCUUAAAAAACUUAUGGUCAGGGCGAAUGAGAGAUUGGAUCAACUCAAGAGUCAUGAGACGCUCCGAGAUAAGAUUGAAGUCCUGGUUAGGCAGAUGGCUUGGGCUCAGGUCAGGGAUGCCGAAGUAGAGUUGGAAGAGAAAGUCAAGAAAACCCGUCUCGCAGAGAGUAAGGUGACCAAGGCGGAGGCCGAGCGCGAGACAGCUUCAAAAUCUUUUGACGAUGCGCAUCAAGCCCAUGAGGAGGCUGUAGAUAAAGUCAAUAAAGAAAAGGCUAAGCUGGCCCCUGUCGUGGAGGCUAAAGAAACUGCAAAAGAGGCUGUUGACAAUAAUAAGAAGGAGCUACAGGGUUUACUGGCGACAGAGAGAGAGCUCAAAGGUUCCUUCGAAGGAAGCCAGAGAAAAAUUACUGAAACUAAUAACGAAAUUCUCGCCGAAGAGAGAAGGCUUAGUGAGAACGAUGGUGGGAGGAAUUCGCGGCUGAUCGAAGAACAAGAGCAGCAUGAAAAAGAAGCCCAGCGUGCAAGGGACGCUCUUGAGGAUCUUGGGGCAAAAAAUGCAGAGAAUAAGUCGGCCCUCGAAGUGGCCAAGAGAGAGGUGUCUAAGGCUCAAAGAGCUGUUGACUCAUGCGCCGAAGACCUUCAGGGCGCUCAGGCUCAUCUGAACCAAAUCCGAAAGUCUGAACAAAACUUCAUGAAUGCGUUUGAUAGAAAAAUGCCGCAACUCCUUUCCGCGAUCAACAAGGAGCAACGUUUUAAAAAGAAGCCUGUUGGGCCUGCUGGAGUUCACGUAACUCUUCGAGAUCCGAAAUGGCUUCACAUCAUUGAAAACCUCCUUGGUUCGAAUCUAAAUGCAUUUUUAGUCACUGAUUAUGAGGACGUCACAAUACUAAAAAAGCUAAUGCGAGAGGUUGGAUUGGAAUGCCCAGUCAACGUCAUUUCCCAGGGACGAAUGGACCUCGAGGAGCCAUCCACCAAUUUCAAAACCGUGUUAAGGAUUUUAGACAUUACCGAUGACAAUGUCCGACGUGGUCUUAUUGUCGGGAAUUCAAUUGAACAGACAAUCCUCAUAGAGGAUCUUCAAAAGGCAACCGAUGCCAUGGAGCAGAAAAGGCCUAGUGACCACAUCGGUAUGUGUUUUUCAAUCAACAAGCAGUCGCCCGACUGGGGACACAAGCUUCCGGAUGUGCUGACAUUCUACAGGCAGGUUGAGGACCAAAUAGAUCGACUUAGGGUAUCUUCAGACAAUGCCAAACAUGAAUUGCGCAAUAAGCAAGAGGAGCUCGGAAGGAUUCAGCGAGACAUCGGGGAGUAUCGUAGCAAUAGAAGCAAGCUUAACUACGAAGUUCACAAGUGUGAAGAUGCAGUUGAUAAAGUUAAAGCGUUGUUGGAAGAGAAUGCUCAGAACGAUGGGAAACUUGAAACCCUCAAAGCCAAACUCAAGGUCUGGGAGGAGCGCAAGGAGAUGAAUGGUCGGCAGUACGAGGAGUUCGUUGUCAGCAAGGAAAAUUUGAGUGCAAAAGCCUCUCAGUUGGUAGCUCAACUGAGAGCGGCGAGUCAGGUUGCAAGUCUAGCUGUGAAGCAUACCGAGGAUGCACAGCUUGAUGAAGCUACCGCCCGGCGCAGGCGCGAACAGUGUCUCGCCAACAAGAAUCACUGGUACGAGAAGCAUCGCCAAUACGAAGAAGAAGCCGCAGCAUUGAGAGCGGUAGCUGAGGAUGCGAGAUCUAGAGUUGAUAGGUAUAUUCAAGCGGCUUCAACAGUUUGUCCACGUGUUGGAGUUCCCCGUGGAGACUCAACCGCAGCUUUGGACAAUAGGCUCGCGAAACUACAGAGGGAACUUGAGCGCGCAGAGCAAAUGCUUGGAGGCACCGCCGAAGAGGUAACCGCACAAGCCCAGCAGGCAACAUUGAAUUAUACCCAAGCUAGGGACCAACGCGCCUCUUUUCAAGAACUCCUCAGGAUAGCGAUUAGUGUCUACAAGGAGCGUCUCCGCCGCUGGGGCCUUUUCCAGUGUUACAUUAGCGCCCGCGCAAGAGCGCAAUUUUCAUGGAUGAUGAGUGAGCGGGCAUUUAAGGGUCGCUUGCGUUUAGAGCACACCUGGAAACCCGCGGAACUGAUCAUUGAAGUGCAGCCUGGCCAGCAAGAUACUGGAAAUCGUGGGCCGAAGACGCUAUCUGGUGGUGAAAAAUCUUUCUCGACCAUAUGCCUACUACUUUCGUUAUGGGAGGCGAUGGGGUCCCCGAUUAGGUGUCUGGAUGAAUUCGACGUUUUUAUGGACGCCAUAAACCGCAACAUUAGUGUAAACAUGAUGAUCCGAGCCGCCGAAAGAUCUAUAGGGAAACAAUUCAUCCUCAUUACCCCCCAAACAAUGAAUAAUCAAAAUACUACUAAUCAAGUCAAAAUAAUCAAAAUGCGUGAUCCGGAACGUGACAAUGCGGGUCAAACCCGUAUUGAUGGUUGACAAGACCUUUUCUAACGGUGCAUAAUCCUUUUCUCUGCUGAUGCUAUUUCGUUUCUGGCGCUAGACUGUUUGCUGCGUAAUGUCUUUCUUUCUCUAAAUCGGUGGUUGGCUGAUGCCCUCCCCGCUCUGAGAAUGGAGAAUUAUGUUGUCGGUUUGUCUUAGCUAGGGUACAGUGGAAAUGGUCUCGUUUCAGUGUAUAUAGACGGAAGUAGGCUGAAAAAAAAAAUUGAAGUUUUGUAUAG